UGUCUAGUUUUAAACAAUAAAAACUGGUGCAUUGAAAACACUGCACUCAGACGGAUUGUGCCCAAUGGUUCAACAAGACGGGUGCUUCGUUUAAACCUUCAAUCGAUAUGCGGUGCAGCAUCUGUCACCAUUGCAGAAGUCCACUUCAAAACAUACGACCAACACCUUAUUGGUUCACCUGAAUAUUGUUUUCCGUCUCAAGCUUUUAGGUUCCACUUCGGCUCAUUUUACAACGUGAUAUUGUGUCUGAAGAAUAAGUUUACCAACGUUCUGAAUAUCGUUUCCGCUAUCCUUAUCCAGGCGGUCCUAGGAGGGAACUAUGUCCUUACCCAUUCCUCCCGUCUCUUGGCCGAAAUCGGUGAUACACAAGUGAUAUCUGUGCUCUCCCAGGUGAUCGCCGACCUUAUACACGGAGAGCUGAUGCAAUUAUCGAGCAGUGCUGAUGACACGCAACGGUUCCAAGCUUAUCUGGAUAAAACAUACAGAAAAACGGCCAGUUUGAUAGCCAAUAGUUGCAAAGCUGCUAUGCUCACCCGACCAACCCUGGAUCCGGAUAUGAUUGAGACCGUGUUCGAGUUCGGUCGACAUUUGGGCAUGGCGUUCCAACUGAUCGAUGACGUGCUGGACUUCGUCGCGGAUGAAGAAAAUCUGGGUAAACCGGCUGGCGGUGCGGAUUUGCAAGUUGGUAUCGCUACUGGUCCGGUUCUGUUUGCCGCCCAAAGUUUCCCCGAAUUGGACGCUAUUCUUCUUCGACAAUUCAGUCUGGAUGGUGACAAGGAGCGCGCUCUGGAACUAGUUAGAUUAGUGAGUGUGUUAUAUUNNNUUAUAUUUAUUCCGUUCUGUAUGGAUCAUCACGAAUAA